UCGCAUCGCCGUCUUCUCCGCGUCCUCGCCUAAACCCUGCGCUAGAAACCAAAACCUAAACUAAACCCCCGAACCUGUUUCUUUUCGUCUUCUUCCCCCGCAAGUCACGGGCCUCGCGGCCACGCCGAUCGCCAUGUCGCGCGCCCUCCUCCGCCACCGGCGCCUCCUCUUCCCGGGGGCGCGGGGCGGCGCCGCCCACCCUUUCGUCGCCGCCAUCUCCGCCUCCUCCUGCUACACCGCCCGGUUCGCCUCUACCUCCGCCACCGCAGCGGCGGCCGCGGGCACCCAAGCGGACCCCGCGGCGGCCGCGUCCCCCGCCGCAGCGGGCGAGCAGCCGAGACAGCCGCCUCCCCCCGCGGCGCGCGGGCGGUGGGGCCUGCUCAAGUUCGGCGCCCUCGCAGCGGUCGCCGGAGCCAUCGGCGGCGUCGGAUACGCCACCUACGCGUAUUCGCUGCCGGAGGUCGAGGAGAAGACGCGGGAGUUCAGGAGGAAGAACAACCCAGCGCCGCCCGUCCCUGAGGAUGCUUCCGCGUUCGAGAAGUACAAGGCUCUGGCAUACUCAACAGCUAUGAAAGUUCCCAUUGCAGCAAUAGAGCUGUACUUGGAUGUUAGGGGCACAAUUGAAGACCAUGUCAGGGGCUUUACUGAACCCACAUCAGACAAACUGCUACCAGAUCUACUUCCUCAAGAUCAGCAUGUCUUCACAUUAGUUCUUGAUCUGAAUGAAACUCUUGUCUACUCUGAUUGGCAGCGUGAGAGAGGAUGGAGAACUUUUAAGAGGCCAGGAGUUGAUGCAUUUUUGGAACAUAUGGCAAAAUUCUAUGAAAUUGUUGUGUAUUCUGAUCAGACACCUAUGUAUGUUGAACCUGUGUUUGAGAGGCUGAACUCAAGUGGUACCAUUUCACACAGGUUAUCAAGACCUGCAACUAAGUACCUGGAUGGAAAACAUUAUCGGGAUUUGUCAAAGUUGAACAGAAACCCUAAACAAGUUAUUUAUCUCAGCGCCCAUGCUCUCGAGACUUGCUUGCAACCUGAAAAUUGUGUUGAAAUCAAACCUUUUAAACUUGAAAAUAAUAAUGACACCCAGCUGCUGGAUCUCAUUCCAUUUCUCGAGUAUGUUGCUAUGGCUAGACCUUCUGACAUUAGGACAGUGCUUGCAUCCUAUCAAGGACAUGAUGUUGCUGCUGAGUUUAUCGAGCGUUCAAAGGAACACCAGAGGCGAAUAAACGAGCAGAGCAAACAUGGACGCUUAUGGAGACGGUGAAGGAUCCUGGAAGGAUAAUGGACUGAUUGAUUUGUGAAUCCCUAGUGGUGGUGGUGUUUCUGAAAGAAAAGCAUUCGGAACCUUUUGUCCUCUUCCAUAGUCAAAUGUUGGCUGCUCUGUAGGGAUGUCUUCUAGUUUUGGCAGUUUAGGUUUGCCCUUUGGCCCGAUUGAGUCAUUCUAGAAUCAUCGGUUGAAUGAUCAAUAUUGAGACCAUGCGAUUCAAAUGUUGCUUUGAUGGAGUUGUCAGCACGUGCUUCCUAUAUGCUGAAAACUGAAAUGGGGAUGUUUUUCCGGUGUUCAUAGCAUCUCCCGUCAACAUUUUUUUGGGUUAUAUGCUUGAUCUGCAGGUGUUCUCAGAUCUGUAGAAUCGAAGGGAUUUGCCUUUUUGUCGACAUGUAACAGUGGAUCUUUAUGUGGGAAACCUUGAUACCGUAAACGCUGUUUACCCAUUCAUUCAGUCAACCGAGUUGAUUUUUUUAUUAGUUGCUCUUGUAAAUUGUUGGAGCAGCAGA